AUGUUAUUAUUAAACAAUCUCAAAAUCCAAGAAACAAUCUCAAAAAGUCCUCAUAGUUCCUCUUUCAUCCUUCGUUAUUUACCGUCUACUUGGGGAAUAACCCUUGGUAAUUCCUUGCGUCGUGUUCUCCUUUCUGCUCUAAGCGGAGUAGCCGCUUUUGCUAUCGAAAUUAAGGUUAAAAAAAACCCCGGGACUACUGACGACGAAAUGGUUCCGGUGCUAACCAAAAUUUCUUCUUUGGCCGGAGUUACCGAAACUACACCUUACUUAAUCCUCAACUGCAAGGAAGUAGUUGUUGAAGUUAAGAAAAAGGAUGAAACUUAUUAUUGCUUAGAAAUGGAUGCAAACAGCCCAAAGGAUGAGGAAUAUAUUGUUACCGCUAAGGAUUUUAAAUCUAACCCGCAUUUGGAAAUCAAAAAUCCUGACCUUUAUUUAGCCACUUUGGCUCCAUCUUCCCGUUUACAAAUAAAAUUAUAUUUCCGCGAAGAUUAUGAUUAUCAUGCAGCCGAAAACCAAGAAAAAUAUCUUCCAGAAGCGGAAAAUGUAAUUUUUCUCAAUACAAAUUUUUCCCCGAUUAAAGUUAAAGAUGAUGAUAUAAGUGGCGUAAAUUUUCAAGUUAACCCUGUGGUUACUGGACUGGAGGCCGGAGAAGCAAAAGAAGAAGAGGAAUUAAAAUUAACUAUUACUACUACCGGUGCUAUUUCUCCCCGCCAAGCCCUUCGCCAAGCCUUAGAAAUAACUAAUCAAAUUAACGACCAAAUUAAAAGUGAAUUAGUUAAAUAA